GCUUACUUCCAUGUACAAGUAAAUGGAGGUCGUCAAUCAGCGAUCGGCGCUGCUGUCUAAUUAUGAAGUCUUGACCUUACUUAAAGAGCUUGAGAGUGAUCAUCUCGCCCGAACAAGAACUGCUCUGCGUAUCAAAAAAGAGGAAGAGGCUGCGGGACUUCCUCGUAAUCACGUUCCUCAGGAGGAAGUGCUAGAAAAUCUGAGAACAAUUGAGGUCGAGGCUAUUCAGUACCUCUCGGCGGACCAUCAGCCAUCAUUGAAGCAGACAGAUGCCAGCAUCUCGCAACUGACUCGCAGCCUUUCCCGAUUCGAUUUGACGAAGGCUGAGAAGCUUCAGAUCGUCAACCUUGCGCCAACUGAAGCCGUUGAGUUGUAUGUGUGAGGGAUACAGUAGGCUGUGGCGAAAUGUAUAUUUUCUGUUUAAAAUUCACAGCAAUCUCUCUUCAGAUUGUCGAAGAACUAGAAGAUCGGCUAGGUGACCAUAUGCAGGACAUACUUUCAACUGUCCGGGCAUCGUUGAUAGAAGCUGUUUCUUCUGCGGAGCCUACACAUGCUCCUGCAGAGGUGGGUUUCUAUCAGGAGCCGGUGCAAGCAGUAUACCAGGAAGCAGAAACUUGGGAAUACGAUGCGAACGAGAUUGUCUUUGAAGAUAAUGGUGAAGGCGCAGGAGUGGAAGGUGAUUUGGAUAUAGAUGAAGACUAGGGACUGAUGUUGUAUAGGUGAGAACCGCUACAUCAAUAUAAAUCAGAGCUUUCAUCUUUGUGCAAUGAGAAGGCUGUUCAUCCAGAUUGCAUUCAUGUCGAUGUCUACAUCGAAACUCUGCUUCAUGGGAAUACAUCUU